GGUAGAGUGAAGAAGCUGCAACUUGUUUCAUAGAACCCCUUCCCGGUGUUCUCGAGAUUCAGCUAGCCAUGAAAGGAGGUAGCGGCGGUAAACGCACCCGAGGCGGCGCAGCGAGGCCUGGGUCGCGCGGGGCAUUAGAAGUAGGCAGCGCUAGCGGCAAAGGGAAUGGUUUGCUGGGGAAAGAGAGCAAGGCAAUCGGCGGCAAAAGGGGUGGAAAGUCGCGGCAAGUAGGAAAGAUGAUCCGCGGAAAGAAGAUGUUUGGCGGGGGGAAGACGAUCGGGGGAGACGGAGUGAAUCUGCGCAUGGUUAAAUGGAAGGACGUGACGCCCGUGGAAGGGCUGCAGAUCCUCAUGGACCACCGCAACCCCGCUGCAGGAGGCUUCAUGGGGCUGGAGGAGAUCGACCCCGCGGAAUUUGAGGGCCUGGCGGAGGGAGGGUUGAAGGGGGGGGAGGAAGGGAAGGUGAGCGGGAGAUCUGGGGUGCGUCAGGACGAGGGGAAGGGGAAGGGGAAGAUGAGCAGAAUACUUGAGGCGGCUAAAGACGCAGGGGAGGGGAAGGGUAAGUUGAGCAAGAGCCAGAGGAGGAAGAUGCAGAGGAAGCUGCUGAAAACAGCUCUGAAGCGAGGGGAGAAGGCGGGGAGGAACAAUGUGCCAGGGGAAAGGCGGGAGGGUGGAAAAAAGGAGGGAGAAGAGGAGGGACAAGAGGGAGAAGACGAGGGAGAAGACGAGGGAGAAGAAGAGGAGGAGGGAGAAGAGGGGGAGUGCGAGGAGGGAGAAGCAGGGGAGGGUGACGGGGAGGCGGCCGAAGGAGAGGAUGACGAAGGGGGGGAGGGGGAAGCGGGGGAGGGUGAAGGGGAAGAGAGAGUAGGAGAGGAGGGAGAAGGGGAGGAGGACAUACUCAUGCCAGACUGGGAAAUGCUGCGCCUGAACCCCCUCAUUCUCCGCGCUCUAAAGGACCUAGGCUUCACCUCCCCCACACCCAUCCAGCGCGCGUGCAUCCCUGCAGCCGCCAUGCGGGGGAGGGACGUUGUGGGGGCGGCUGAAACUGGGUCAGGUAAGACCCUGGCGUUCGCGAUUCCGAUUCUGCAGCGGUUGUUGGAUGAGAGGGAGAAGGAGAGGCGGCAGGCGGAGGAGGGGGGGGCAAAGAAGGUGAAGGGGCCGCUGCGAGCGCUGAUCAUCACUCCGACCCGCGAGCUGGCUCUGCAGAUCGUAUCGCACAUAAAAGACGCGGCCCGCCACACGGGCAUCCACGUGGCCGGCAUUGUGGGCGGCAUGGCGGAGGUGAAGCAGAAGCGAGUGCUGAGCCACGGGCCGCAGAUCGUGGUCGGCACUCCUGGGCGGCUGUGGGAGCUGAUGAGCCAGGGGGAGGAACAUCUGGUGAAGCUUGACUACCUCUCCUUCCUCGUUCUAGACGAAGCUGACCGUAUGGCUGACCCGGGCAGGUUUAAAGAACUUUCUUCUAUUUUGGGGAUGCUGCCCCCCACUGCUGCUUCUCUUGCUGCUGCUAAGGCGAAGGAGGCGGCUCUGGCAGCCAGAGACGCUGCUCGGGCAGCCAAAAAGGCAGCACGGGCAGCUAAAUUAGCCAAGGAAAGAGACGCGGCGAGAGGAAAGGGAGGAAAAGGGAAAGAGGGCAGAGAAAAGGUAGAAAGGAAGGGGAAAGGUGGUGAAGAAGAGGAGGGGGAGGAGAAGGAAGAGAAGGAGGGAGAGGAGGAGAAGGGAGAAGAAAGAGGAGGGGAAGAAGGAGAAGAAGGGGGAGAUAAAGAGGAUGGGGAAGAGGAAGAAGUGGGAGAAGGAGAGGAGGUGUUCCCCUCCCAGCCUCCCACUCUUGCGAAGAAGAAGCGCCAGGUUCUGGUCUUCUCAGCAACGCUCGUCCUGCCCGACGACACCCGCGGGCAGCUGCAAGGAAAAAAACGAGCGCCAGGAGCAGCAGGGGCAGCAGGGAGGCAUGCAGGAAAGAGGGGCCGAGAGGCAGCAGAGGGAGAGGGGGGAGGGGAGGAGGAUGAGGGAGACAAGGAGAGGGAGAAGGGGCUGGAGAGGGACAGGGUGGUGGCUUCGCUAAUGGAGCUGACUGGCAUGCGACCGUCACCAGCCAUCGUGGAUCUGACCACGGCUGACGUGGUGGCGAGCGGCGUCCAGGAGGCAGCGCUAGAGUGCGACGACAGCAUGAGGGACGUCUUUCUGCUCUACCUGCUGCGAAUGCACGGCACGUUCGGCCGCACGCUCGUCUUCUGCUCUGCCAUCUCCUCUGUCCGUCGGCUCGCCUCCCUCCUGGCGCUCCUGCAGGUGCCUUCCUUCCCCCUGCACGCGCAGCAGCAGCAGCGCCAGCGACUGAAGGCGUUGGAUCGUUUCCGGCAGCACCCGAGCGGAGUGCUGGUGGCAACUGACGUGGCGGCCAGAGGGCUCGACGUUCCUGAGGUGCGGCUGGUGGUGCACUACCAGCUGCCCCACACCGCAGAGGGCUACGUGCACCGUUGCGGUCGUACUGCCAGAGGAGCUGCCUCCGAGGGGUGCUCCGUGGCCCUGGUGACGCCUAAGGACUCCAUCAAAUACUCGUCGCUGCUGAGGAAACUCAACAAGUCCGGCCCUCUCCCCACCUUUCCUGUGGAUCAUAAUUAUCUCCCCAACCUCAAGCAAUGUGUCAGCCUGGCUUUAAGUGUCGACACUCUCUCCCGCAAGCACUCCAAGGAGAAAGCGGAAACUUCCUGGAAGCAGCGCGCUGCCAAGGCGGUGCAGGUGAAUCUGGAGGAGGGGGGUGCUGACGUGGCAGGAGGGGAGGAGGAGGAGGAAGAGGAGGACGAAGAGGGAGCAGAGGAAGAGAGUGAGGAGGAAUAUUUUGAUGAUUUUGACGAGGCGGGAGGGGAGAGUGACGACGAGGGGGAGAGGGGAGGGCGAGGGAAGGGGAACAAGAAACGCCAGCAGCAGCAGGAGCGGGAGCAGGAGGAGCGGAGGAGCAAAAGAAGGCGAGGAGGAGCGAGGGGGGAGGAAGGGGGAGAAGGGGAGGCGGAUAGAGGGGUGGAUGUGAGGAGGCUGAUUGGGAGGGGGGAGAAGCGCGGAUGGGAGGGGCCAGGGGAAACAGGGGAGGAUGGGCGACAGCAGAUGAAGCAAGAAGUGAUGGAGCUGCAGCGGAUGAAAGAGACUCUGAAGCAAGCUGUCUCGCAGCCGCUCAGGCCCACCAACCUGCGCUCACUCAUCGCCGCUUCCGGUAUGACAACCGAGCUGGCCAAUCAGCUGCGAGCAAACCCAGCCUCUGUCGCCACGUCAGCAGCAGCAACCACCCCCGCAAACAGUAGGGUACUCCCCAAUCCAUAUCUUUCUAUGGCAACAGCUAGGGCAGGGAAGCAGUGGCUGGGGGAGGUGCAACUGGUCGAGGGGCUGGUGGAGGGGCAGGGAGAAUGGCUGGAGUGGUUGGUUCAAGGCAAGCUGAUGCAGUCACUGCGUUGAAGCGGGCAGGUGGAGGGAAAUCUGCGCGCAAGUGAUAGCGUGUUCACUCCACAGUGCCAUAAAAUAGUUACGGUGUGGAUGAAUGGAAUCACUGAUUUUCAAUCUUGUUCAUUGUAGCAGCAAAACAUUCAGAACACAGUCGAAGAGCAACUUUUCUGCUUCCCACAUGAGGCUGACAAGGUCUCACAUGUGCAAUUCAGCACAUAUCUUGUAGU